GCCAAUUCCAGCGUAGCAGCUGCAGCUUAGAUCCGCCGCAGCCAUUUUUCUUCAUCUUCUUCCCUCCGCAACUUCUAAUCCGCGCGCUAAAAUAUUCAAUUACGUUAAACCAAGGGAAGAUUCAAUCGCAAUGUGUAUGUAUAUCCUGCAGAUGAGUUGUUUCAUAGUUGAGGUUUUGGAUGUGUAUCCCAAUGGCUUACACGAGCAACAUUAACCUUUCAUUUAAGAGAAGAUGCAUUGGUGGUUUGGAAACAAGUCACAGAGUCAGAAUGAGAAACAUUUGUCGGUUUCUCGCCGAGGAAGGAGGUUUAGUCGGAUUUCUAGAAAAAUGUUGUCACUUGCCGUCCUCUUCUUGAUAUAUUUCACAUACUUUGGGGCAAAGAUGCAUUUAUAUGCUUUCGUAUAUACAUUUAAAGAGACAACUUUGUCCUUGGAAGAUGUCGAGGAAGAAUCUGUGGUGAAUGGCAUUGCAGAGCAACAGAAGAAGCUAUCAAAUAACGUAACAGAGCAACCAAAGAAGCCGCAUAGGCAGCGCUACUUUCCUUGUGAUGUACCUUUUCUUGAUUCUGUUACUUCCCUCCAUGAGCCUGAGGAUAAUGUGAAGCUCACUCGGUUCUCUUUGAGGUAUCUUGAAAGAGAGCAGGGGAUCCUUCCUAGUGAAGCACGAUUUGGAGGACAUCAGACUCUUAAGGAUAGAGAGAAAUCCUUCCAUGCAACUAAUCAAACUAUUAAUUGUGGCUUUGUGAGAGGACCUGAUGGAUUUCCAAGCACUGGAUUUGAUUUGGAUGAGGAGGAUAAAAAGUAUAUGAAUGCAUGUAAAAUUGUUGUAUCCUCGUGCAUCUUCGGAAGCUUUGACUUUUUGAGAAGACCAACUAGCAAAUUGAUCAGUGAGUACUCCAAGAAAAAUGUUUGCUUUGUUAUGUUUGUUGAUGCGCAAACUCUAGCUAAGCUCUCAACCGAAGGAAAUAUUCCAGACGAAAGAGGAAACAUUGGGUUAUGGAGGAUAGUUGUUGUGAAGAACUUACCAUAUGAAGAUAUGCGGAAAACUGGAAAGGUGCCAAAAUUUUUGUCGCAUCGCCUUUUCCCGUCUUCUAGGUAUUCUAUUUGGGUUGAUAGUAAAUUGCGUCUUAAUGCUGAUCCAAUGCUGAUCAUUGAGUACUUUUUGUGGCGAGCCGGUUCAGAAUAUGCUAUUUCAAAUCAUUAUACCCGUCAUUGUGUUUGGGAGGAGGUGCUCCAAAAUAAACGGCUAAAUAAGUACAAUCACUCUGUUAUUGACGAGCAGUUCCAUUUUUAUCAGUCUGAUGGUCUAACCAAGUAUGACUCGUCAGAUCCAAAUAUUCAUCUCCCGAGCUUUGUGCCUGAAGGAUCAUUUAUUGUCAGGGCACAUACGGCAAUGUCAAAUUUGUUCUCAUGCCUUUGGUUCAAUGAAGUUGAUCGAUUUACAUCACGUGAUCAGCUGAGCUUUGCAUAUACCUACUUGAAGUUGAGAAGACUGAAUCCUGACAAGCCCUUCUAUUUGAAUAUGUUCAAGGAUUGCGAACGCAGAGCAAUCACAAAGCUGUUUCAUCAUAGAACAGAAACGUAGAGAUUCCACCAGCGUUAGGUUGAUGCAAAGCACGCGAAAAGCAUCAUUUUGCUGAAUCUGCCCACAGCUCGCAGAAAUUGCCAUUGAUUUCUUCUCAACACACUGUGGAAAGGAAUCGUUGCCUAAACUUAAUUUGUGCCAUUCUUCUUCAAUGAUGCAAUGGAUACUACGAGCUUUUGCUGUUGUCGUUCUGAUUGUGUGAAGCAGUUGGGACUCAAAGUCUCCAAAUCUGGCACAUCCAACGAUGUAUAGUCGUCUACGUCGUUUUUUUGUAGGGACAACAGAACAACCUCAAGCUGGGGUUGAUUCUUUGAUCAGGCCCUGCUUCUAAACUUGCAAGUCUGUAAAGAGAAGGGAACGUCUCCUUCUUUCUUGAAGUGAAAAUAGUUAUAUAUAUAUACUAUUUAUUAGUGAUGAGUUCAUAUUUGGACAUCAUCUGAAUUGAACAUAAUUUUCUGUGCAAUUAAAGCCAUGAUCCGAAUCACCACAUUUUGGUGUUGAUAACAUAA